CUCUGGUAAAUUUUCCCACAAUAUGUGAUGAAGAAGAUAUCCAACUUUCUCCAACACGAAAACAACCACAUGCAACCUUAAACAACACCACCCAGUGAUGCAAUGGAUUUCCCCCAUUUGCCCCCCUCAUUACCCCCUACAUAGCCCGUAUCCAGAGCCCCGUCGUCACAAACAAUUAUCCUUUCCUCGCUGCACCUCUCAAAGCCUAUCCAGCCAUUUACCAAGGCUUGACCUUGCGCAUGCUGCCCUCCUCCAACAGGGCCUUGUGCAUGUCGAAGCUGUUGAAGAGCAGGUGAGGCUCGUGGCCCAUACCCUUACGCAGGCACUCAAACUCGGCCUUCUCGAAGUAAGCCUUGAGGAUAGGCUUGUACACAUCGUGGGCGCACUUGUCAAUGAUCACGCGGGCUCUCUCGCGGGGAGCCAGACCGCGAACGUCGGCAAGACCAACUUCGGUAACCACAAUGUCCAAGUCGUGCUCAGUCUGAUCAAUGUGAGUGCACAUGGGGACAAUGCACGAGACACCGUGGGGGUCCGUCUUGGAGGGACGAGUCGAGGGAGUGUGCAUGAUGGAGUACUUGGCGUUUCUCAAGAAAUCAGCCGAGCCACCGAGACCGUUGAGCAUGCGGGAGCCCAUGACGCAGGUCGAGUUGGCGUGAGCGUAAAUGUCAACCUCGACGGGGGUGUUCAUGCCGAUGACACCAAGGCGACGGAUGAUCUCGGGGGAGUUGGACACCUGCUGAGAGCGGAGGAGGAGCUUGUCCUUGUACGACUCCCAGUUCUUGUAGAAGCGCUUGAAGCCGUCGGGAGAGAAGCGGACAGAGGUAGCGGUGGCGAAGUCGAGGCGGCCAGAGUCGAAAAGAUCAAGGAAGGUAUCCUGGAUGACCUCGGUCCACACCUUGAGGUUGCGGAAGUUGGAGUUGUCCAGACCACCAAUGACGGCAUUGGCGAUGUUGCCAAUACCGGACUGGAGAGGAAGGAGGUUCUUGGGAAGACGGCCGUGCUUCACCUCGUGCUCAAAGAACUCGAUCAAGUGGCCGGCAAUCUGCUGCGAGCCCUCAUCGGCAGGGGUGUUGGGGGAGGUCUGAUCCUGGUAGUCGGACUCGACGAUACCAACAACCUUCUCGGGGUCGAUGGGGAUCGAGUUGGUACCAAUGCGGUCCUCGACCUGGGUGAUCAGGUAGGGCUUGCGGCGGGGAGGAAGAUCGGUCAUGGUGAUGUCGUGCAGGCCAUCGAAGCUCGGGAGCGAGGUGUUGACCUCAAUAAUGAUCUGAAACACAAGAUGUCAGUUCGUUGCUAAUCACGCCAGACCUUUACAGAUGACUUACCUUGUCAGCCAUCUGGAUCAGCUCGGGAGUGGCACCGACGGAAGCACCGGGGACGAUGCUGCCAUCCUCCUUGAUCUCAGAAGCCUCAACAACCGCCACAUCGAGCUUGCCAUUUGGCUUGUCCUUGGUGUAGUAGCCAUAUACAAGGUCGACGGGGAACAUGGACAGAUGCUUGUCGAAGAAGUUGAUGCGGCCCUCGUUGAUGCCCUUGGCGAUAUCCUUGCCGACCUGGUGAGGAGACCGUCUCUCGAUCAUGUCGAGGGCAGCCCAGCGGUUCUCGGUCUCGGCACCGGACGAGGCGCCGACGAAGAGGCUGUACUUGAGCUGUCCUUGGAGGUUGUUCUUCUCGACAUGGUCGGCGAGGAAAACGGGAAUCUUCCUGCGCAAGAGGGUCAGUAUGGACGGCUAGUGCCCGGCAAAAGAAAUUUGACAGAGACAUACUUGGGGUAGCCGACACCGGUGAAGCCAGACCAGCCAAUGUAGGAGCCAUUGGGGAAGUGGUGCAAGAGGUCUUCGGGCUGGCACAGCUUGUUGAGCAUUGACGGGCGAUGGACGCGCGCCUUGAGCGCAGCCGAAGCUACUCUGGACGCCAUUUUGAGCAGUUGGGCUGUGUGUGAGAGAAAAAAAGACUGAAAACGACCGGGAAAAGAGAGUGGGGCUGCUCAGAACGACGAAGCUGUCCGCAAUGGCUGGCCGGUCAGGGCAGUUCUGACGUGAUGGUGAUGAGGCGGGUUGUGGUGAAGGAGGUGGCAGUCGGACACAGAAAGACGACCGAAGGAAGAAAAGAGAACAGAGAAAAGCCGCAGGAAAAUCACCAGAGAUGCAGAGCAGAAUUAGUUCCCUCGACACAAACUCGCGCAGACAGGAGGAGCGGCAGUCUGCCCACUUUAAUUACUCUACAUCAUCAGUUGCCCAACAGGUUCAUCCCGGUUCAGGGUCUCCAUGCCGCGCUGUCUGGGCGGGCCGCCGGCGGGCGCGGAAGCCUUCAAAACUCGAGAGCCCCGCAUCUCAUCCCAUUCACCUCUCUCACUUGCCACCUCUCCCCCAUCCUUCCAAAACUGCCAUUGAUUCCGUGUUCUGAUUGUUGGAAGCAGUGGAGCCGGCUCAUUUCUCUCCAGUAAUCGAAUUGUUCUUUUUCCUCAUCUGUUUGCUCGAGACUACCACUUUUGCAAACAGCCCCCCAUCUUUUCCUCUAGAUCUGCUCGUCUGUGAUGUCAUCGGGGGAACGGAGGGGGAUGACCAAUCAGGAAGCAGCAAACGGGCGCGGCAGGCAUUCAGCGCCCAGACACAGCAGCCCAGCACCGGUCUCUGCGGGCGCUUCCGUCUGUCCUUGGGAUCCCAGAGCUCCGUUGAGCCGCAGCCAGGGUAUUAAGCUCGGCUAUGCCCCGGCUUGACUCAGCGAACAAGCAACCCCCAAUGUAUUAUUCCAGAGGGAAUAUCCACGAUGAUAUCCGAGACAACCGCCUGAAUACUUCUCCGACCUCUGAUUGACUGUCGAGUCCUCGCGCCCACGGCUAUUUGCGUCGCCCUCAGCGGAAAGAAGGAGGCUGCUCCCGGCAGUGUGUUGCGCCAAGCUCAAACCGGCAUCGAGCCACGCCAUCGUCGAGAGAAGAGCUCCACCCUAUGGUGCGGCCCACCGGCUCCCGUGGGCGCACCUGUCGAUGUGUCCCCAGCGAUGGGCGUUGUGCAUGGUAGAGACGGUGCAAAGGUGGACAGAAAAGGCAUCAAGAUGGAUCAUUUUGAUGAUGAACAGGGCCACUUCCCCAUGGGCAAGCAAAUCUGAAAAUCUGGGGUUGAAGACCAUUUUAUGAACGGUAACCCGGCUGUGCCUGACACCGCUGACCCCCACGACGGGAGCCAUGGAUGCGCUAAUUCUGGAAGCUGCCGGAGUCGGGACACUGGGCUUCCAGACUAACUCUCGCCACGAGGGUAGUCGCCGGUCACCGGUGGUUUGGUCUAGUUGGCGGGCCCGUCAACCGGCCAUGACGUCUUGCCGGCUGCUCCGGAGCUUUGGGUUGUUCGGAGUGCCGAGAGGCCGGGUUGUACAAGGCGACACCGCCGUGUGACUGCUAUGCUUUAUGGCUGCAAAGAUUACAAAUGGAUAUUGUUUCCCGAGCCUUGGGGCUGUCCUUGCUACAUGCAGUCAUCAAUCGAGGAAAGCAUAUUAUGACGCUUAUUAUCGUGGUGCGCGGAAGGACCUUGCUCCAGUUUGCGAUCUAGUCGAGAUACCUUAUAUAGGCUGUUGGUGGUAUGGACUUGUUGCACAUGUUGGUCCUUUUGCCCAGGACAAUUAUCGGUGUUGGGUGAGGGUUACGCCCGAGUCGACAGUAUCACCGCGGUCUCUCGUCAAAACAGUGAUGCCAAUCGCAGCCCUGCCACCCACUGCCCAACAUUCCAGCUUGUCUACGAGGUGUAACAUCGCAUCCAUGUAUUCCGUAUCGCACCUGGUGGUUGGAUCCAUCUACAGGGCGUUUGUAUGCUCGUCUGUUUGGCUACUGUUCGAAUCCGAAGUUCAGUGGACGGAGGGUCGAUGUAUCGCGGGGUAGGAAUGGCUCGUUGUCGGGUUGCGGGCGCAGUGAGGUAGGUAGAUCCGAGAUGAGGAUAGGGACCGGGAGCGAUAACGAUCAUGAUGGAGGCACUGGGAGGCUGGAGCGGUCAAAAGUCGGGAGUUGAGAUAGCUCGUUUGGUGGGAGUCGGUGGACGGCACUUGGGCGUGUCAGUCGAGGGAACGUUACAUGACGCGUGAAGCAACGUGUCUGAUUGGUCAGACUCGAGGACGGCCUACCCCACACCGCCCACAAUUUGAACGGUUUUAUGCGGCGGGGAUUUGGCUCCCGCAAUCUUGGCUUCAAAAGAGCGGGGAGGGACGCCUGGGCAUCUGUGCUCUUGCGGCACUUCCCCGCCACUUCUCGGCUCCUUCCUAAACAGAACGUCCUACCAUCGAUCAAUCAUCCAAUUGUUCAACGUGUUUUGCUCAGCGUCCACAAGCCUUGCCAUGUCCAUUCGGUCCGGUCUGUGAUCCUGCCGUAUCGCUCCCAUCUGCAAGCACACGAGCAUCAUCUACCACCCAUGUGAUGCUUUCAAGAGGGACUGAUAUCUAUUCAAUGGGGGAGAGAGAGACAAUCAUCACAUCCUGGAAUGAAGCACCUUGACGCCACGGUCUGCUCAUGGCGCGUCGGUACUACCUAGCCUACACAUCACAGACCUGUCAGCUCAACACCACAGCCCCAGUCAUACGUAGCAAGGAUGGAAGCUGUUCGUUGCAGAGCAUCUCAGCUGUCCAUCAGGCAGUUGCUUCCAGGACUUGGGGAUCUACCUACCAGACAGUCCAGAGCAUCCUUCUGCAACCACACCGCAAACACAGGAGCAAAACAGUAGUAGUAGCUGCUCGCACACAAACAAGCGCUCUUGCAGCGUCGUAUCCAUUGACACAGCUACACCUGACCUUUGCCAACGAAAAUUCCAAGUACCAGCCAGAACUCUUGGUCCCAAUCUCAAUCUACCUGUCAUGGGCCUCUCCCACGGGAGUAUUCAAGAAUUACUUUAAUUCCCUGCGUCCUCCCAGCCCCCGCCGUCUUGGUUAAUCUUCUGCCGUGUAACACCCUACCUAUCACCUACCAUCUCCCUCCCUCCCUUGGAUCGACAACAAUUGUCGAUCUUUUCCGACCUUUUUUUCUUUUUCGCGACCUCCUCUUCCUGAAGAUUCAUCUUCACGUGUCGCCUCUCCCACGACUGGAACGACCGACCGACCCAAGAUUGUGAACGAUUACUUCUAUCGACAUUUCAGAACAGAACAAAGUGUGGUUUCCUCGAAAUAUUGGCAACAAAUGGCGGAGGAAAAGCAAGAAAUCCGGCAGACCGUCGAGGCGCCUGCCGUCCGAUCAAGCACACCUACCGGCACCACCCACCGACCUUCGGGAUGGAUGUACAAAGGCUUCCGUCUGGGCAAGUCGGAAGUGUGGUUCGCGUCGCCCAUCGUCCAGCUCCUGAUGGUAGCCAUGGUUUGCUUCCUGUGCCCCGGCAUGUUCAACGCUCUCACCGGUCUCGGUGCCGCCGGGCAGGUUGAUCCAGGCGCGCAAAACGACGCCAACACGGCCCUCUAUUCCACCUUUGCCGUGGUCGCCUUCUUCUCGGGCACCGUCACCAACAUCUUUGGAGUGAAACCAACACUGGCUUUUGGGACCCUCGGAUACUGCAUCUACUCUGCCAGCUUUUUGAGCUACAAUCACAACCAGAACCGCGGAUUCGUGGUCUUUGCGGGAGCGUUCCUCGGCAUCUGCGCCGGUCUGCUGUGGACCGCCCAGGGAACCAUCAUGAUGAGCUAUCCGUCCGAAGACAAGAAGGGGCGGUACAUAUCCUGGUUCUGGAUCAUCUUCAAUCUCGGAGCCGUCCUCGGGUCGCUGGUGCCGCUCGGCCAAAAUAUCGAUGCGAUAGGCGCCACCGCGGUCAACGACGGGACCUACAUCGGCUUCAUUGUGCUCAUGCUCAUCGGCGCUGCUCUCGCCCUUUUGCUCUGCAAUGCCAGGAGCGUCAUUCGCCACGACGGCAGCAAGGUCAUCUUGAUGAAGAACCCCAGCUGGAAGACGGAGAUCAAGGGAUUGGUCGAGACUAUCACCCUGGCACCCUGGGUCAUCCUGCUGUUCCCCAUGUUUUUCGCCUCCAACAUCUUCUACACCUAUCAGCUCAACGACAUGAACCUCCAAUUCAACACGCGUGCCCGGACGCUCAACGGUUUGCUGUACUGGACCAGUCAGAUCAUUGGAGCCUCCAUUUUUGGCUACGCUCUUGAUAUCACCAGGUUCCGUCGGUCGGUGCGCGCCAAGGCGAGCUUGGUUGUGCUAUUCAGCUUGACAUUUGUCAUUUGGGGCGGUGGCUGGGCCUGGCAGAAACAGCAAGUCCCUCGAGAAAUUCUGGAGGAUGAAAGCUUGGAGUAUAGAAGAAUUGACUGGCAAGAUGGUGGAGAGAAGUACAUCGGACCCAUGUUUUUGUUCAUGUUUUAUGGGUUUUACGAUGCCGCGUGGCAGACUUGCAUUUACUGGUAUAUGGGUGCUCUCAGCAACUCUGGUCGCAAAGCUGCCAAUCUCGCUGGUUUCUACAAGGGAAUUCAGUCUGCCGGUGCAGCCGUCUUUUGGCGGUUGGACGGGUUGAAGACACCGUUCAAUACCAUCUUUGGGGUCACCUGGGGUCUGCUUGCUGCCGCGCUGCUGUUCGCCGCGCCUGUUAUCUGGCUCAAGGUGAAAGACACCGUGACUGCCGAAGAAGACUUGAAGUUCAGCGAUGAGACCAUUGCGGAUGUUAGGGCUACAACAGACGCCAGCAGGGAGGCUGCGUGAGUCGAUGUCUUGAUGAGGUGUUUUCUUGUUGAUUUGGUGGAGCGGGCGUUGUACUUGGGUACUUCUGGUGUCACCUUUGUGUAUGGCAAGGUUAUGGCUAUUGAAAGGGUGACUGGUUCCCUUGGCUAUUGUACACUGGAGAUACCCAUGGGUUUGUUGGGAUAUAUCUUGUUGGCAAUGAUACCAAUACAUCUGAAUGAUUUACCCCUGUC